UGCAGGUGCGUUGUAUGGACUGGCGAUGGUCGCGUUUUCUUCUACAAUCCAACGGCCCGUCUCUCUGUAUGGGAACGCCCAGCUCAACUGCUUGGCAGGAAGGACGUUGAUGCUGCAGUUGCCCAGCCUCCGCAUCUUGUACAACAGCAACAACAACAGCAACAACAGAAGAAGGAAACGACUCCCUCGAAAGGUUCUAACGGCGAUCUCAAACGUGGAAUCGACUCGGACAGCGACUCUGAGAGCGACGGCCCGAAACGGGUCAAGAAAGUCGAUUUGGUGGGCGUGACGACGAAAAAGGCCAUCGACGCGAACGCGGACGCAGCGGUGGAGGCGGAGAUGCUUGCGGCCAGGAAGCGGGUGGUGUUGCCGUUCGAGGAUCGAGUGGCCUCCUUCCUGCAGCUGCUGCGGGAGUCGGACGUGUCGGCCUUCAGCCCCUGGGAGAAGGAGCUUCACAAGAUCGUCUUCGACGACCGCUACCUGCUGCUCGAGUCUAAGGAGAGGCGACAGGUGUUCAACAAGUACGUGCGCGAUAGAGCUGAAGAAGAAAGAAAAGAGAAACGCAACAAACUACUGCUGAAAAAGCAGACUUUCAAACUUCUCAUGGAAGAGGCCAAAUUACACUCAAAGUCAUCAUUCACCGAGUUCUCAACGAAGUACUGUCGGGAUGAACGGUUCCGCGCUAUCGAGAAACUGCGCGAGCGUGAGACCUACUUCAACGAGCACAUUGCUGAACUGCGCAAGAAAGAGAAGGAAGAGAAAGAGAAACGCAGGGAACAGGCCAAACAAGAUUUCAUACAGCUCCUCAAAGACAAAAAUGUGGACCGUCACGCCCGUUGGGUCGAAGUGAAGAAGAAAAUCGAUGUGGACGUCCGGUAUAAAGCGGUUGAGAGUAGCUCCUUGAGAGAGGAUCACUUUAGGGAGUACUGCAAGAUGAUUAAGGACGAGAGGAAGAAGGAUGGAAAGGAGAAAGAACGCGAACGCGGCAGCCGAAAGGACAAGAAGGACAAAGAUCGCGACAAGGAGAAGGAGAAAGAGAAGGAUAAGGACAAGGACUCCAAGAAAGAGAAGAAGAAGGAUAAGGGAGAGCAAGAUUCCAGUCUAGAAGAACCAAAGCAGGAGAGUGAGCCGGUAGAAGAGGAGAAGAAGGAGGACGACGAGGCCAAGGAGAGGGAGAGAGAGGCGAGAGCGCAGGCGUCCAUCAAGGAGAGAGAGAAGCAGGUGCAGAAGGCGCUUGCCACCAGUCUCCGCGAUCGGGACAAGGAGAGGGAGUACCACAAGAGAGACGAAGCUAUGCAGCAUUUCAACGCCCUGUUAGCGGAUUUGGUAAGAAACGCGGACCUGACGUGGCGGGAAGCGAAGAAACAGUUGAAGAAAGACCACAGAUAUAGUUUAGCCGACGACCUCUCGAAGGAGGAUAAGGAACGUCUUUUCAAUCAGCACACGACGGCCGUGUCUCUGAAACGGCGCGACAAAUUGCGAUCGCUUUUGGAGGAGUUGGGUGUGGGUUGCACCGCCCACUGGAGGGAUGUACGGAAACUCAUUGCACAGCAAACGGCCGCUCCUACUUAUAGGAAUGCUGCACAGAUGGAGCGCGAAUUCCGCGAUUUCCAACGCGACAAGCAGAUCGCGGCCAAAACUGCCCUCCGCCAGUUGCUCCAAGAGACCAGAUCGAUUACGCACCGGAGUCUGGCCGCGACCAAAGAGAGUCAGGCUGCCAUGGCCCAGAUACAUGAGUCGCUUAAAAUCGACGCCAGGUAUUCGGCAUUGGAGCACAUACCAGAUGAAAGGGACCAAAUUAUAAUGAGUUAUUUAGAAGAACUUGAGAAGAAAGGUCCGCCGCCGCCGCCGACAGCCACUGAGCCUACGCGGAGAGCUAAGCCCUGACCUGCGCCAUCUCGCGGCGGUGAACAUAGUUGCUGUGAAUAGAUGUCGCUAGUGAAUGUAAUGACUGUAUUGAAUAAAUGAAUUUUGUGGUU